UGGAUCCCAGCUCUCCGAGGAGGAGGCGUGGAGUUGGCCGUUUGCCGGCUACCGUGGCCAGGCACCUGGGAGCCCAGCAGCCGGACACGAGCGAGCUUUGGGGGUGGGGGCGACAGGCCAGGGCAGAGACCCGUUUGGCCCGCCGGCGCGAGAGGCGAAGGGCACCCCAGGAGUGACGGGGGAGGGACGGGCGUGGGACCAGAGAGUGAAAGCGACAACAGAUACAGAGGCGGGGAGGAGGCGCCCCGGCAGCAGAGGUGGCCAGACGGGCCUUGCAGCUGCCUCGUGGGGCAAAGAGGGAGCACGCGGAGACCCAACGAUCAUGGAAGGCGGCUGCCACCCCCAGCAGCAGGAGGCGGUGGAAGCCUGGCUGGAUGAUCACGGAGACUUCACCCGCUCUUACUUUGUUCGAAAAGCCACCAGAGAGAUGGUCAAUGCAUGGUUUUCUGAGAGAGUUCAUACUAUUCCAGUGUGCAAGGAAGGGACCAAACAUCACAGUGAAGCUUGUUCUUGUUCCACUUACCAAACCACACGGGCUGAAAGCACUAAUUCCACCCCACCAACUAGGAAGAUAUCUGCUUCUGAAUUUGACAGACCUCUUAGGCCCAUUGUUAUCAAAGAUUCUGUUGGAACAGUGAGUUUCUUGUCAGAUACCGAAAAGAAGGAACAGAUGCCUCUCCAAUCUCGGACGCUUGGAUCCAAUGCAGGGGAUCAAUGCUCAAGGCUCUUAGAACUGGUGAAGGAUAUUUCUAGUCACUUGGAUGUCACAGCCCUUUGUCACAAAAUUUUCUUGCACAUCCAUGAACUCAUAGCUGCUGAUCGCUAUUCCCUCUUUCUGGUCUGUGAGGACAGUUCCAAUGAGAAGUUUCUUAUCAGCCGACUCUUCGAUGUUGCAGAAGGUUCCACCUUAGAAGAAGCUUCAAACAACUGCAUCCGCUUGGAAUGGAAUAAAGGAAUUGUAGGCCAUGUGGCAGCUUUUGGCCAGCCUUUGAAUAUCAAGAAUGCCUAUGAGGAUCCCCGAUUCAAUGCUGAAGUGGACCAAAUCACAGGCUAUAAAACACAAAGCAUUCUUUGUAUGCCAAUAAAGAACCAUAGAGAAGAGGUGGUUGGUGUGGCACAAGCAAUCAACAAAAAAUCUGGUUGUGGAGGAACAUUCACUGAGCAAGAUGAGAAGGAUUUUGCUGCUUACCUGGCAUUUUGUGGAAUUGUUCUUCACAAUGCUCAGCUCUAUGAGACUUCCCUUCUUGAAAACAGACGCAAUCAGGUGCUUCUUGAUCUCGCCAGUUUAAUAUUUGAGGAACAGCAAUCCUUAGAAGUCAUUCUGAAGAAGAUAGCGGCCACCAUAAUUUCCUUCAUGCAGGUGCAGAAGUGCACUAUUUUCAUAGUGGAUGAAGACUGUUCAGAUUCAUUUUCCAGUGUCUUUCACAUGGGAUAUGAGGAAAUAGAAGAUUCCAGUGAGACUCACAAAAGAGACAAUGAUACAAACCAAAUUAAUUAUAUGUAUGCCCAGUAUGUCAAGAAUACUAUGGAGCCUCUUAAUAUUCCACAUGUGCACCAAGACAAAAGAUUUCCUUGGACAAAUGAACAUUCAGACUGUACAAACCAGCACAUUGAAAGCUUGCUCUGCACACCUAUAAAAAAUGGAAAGAAGAAUAAAGUGAUAGGAGUUUGUCAACUUGCAAACAAGAUGGAAGAAAACUCAGGCAAAAUAAAAGCUUUCAAUAGAAACGAUGAGCAGUUUUUGGAAGCUUUUGUUAUCUUCUGUGGCUUAGGGAUCCAGAACACCCAGAUGUAUGAAGCUGUGGAAAGAGCCAUGGCAAAGCAAAUGGUGACCUUGGAGGUGCUUUCUUACCAUGCAUCAGCCGCUGAAGAUGAAACAAGGGAACUUCAGGUAACAGCGGCUGCUGUUGUACCAUCUGCACAAUCUCUCAGGCUCACUGACUUUUACUUCAGUGACUUUGAGCUGUCAGAUAUGGAGACUUCUCUGUGCACAAUCCGGAUGUUUACUGACCUUAACCUUGUACAAAAUUUCCAAAUAAAACAUGAGGUCCUUUGCAGAUGGAUUUUAAGUGUGAGGAAAAAUUAUCGGAAAAAUGUCGCUUAUCACAACUGGAGACAUGCUUUUAACACAGCCCAGUGCAUGUUUGCUGCUUUAAAGUCAGGAAAAAUUCAGAACAAGCUUACUGAUGUUGAAGUACUCUCUUUGCUGAUUGCAGCUCUGAGCCAUGAUUUAGAUCACAGGGGAGUGAAUAAUUCUUACAUACAGAGAAGUGAGCACCCCCUUGCACAGCUGUAUUGCCACUCAAUAAUGGAACAUCACCAUUUUGAUCAGUGCCUGAUGAUCCUGAACACACCGGGCAACCAGAUUCUCAGCGCUCUUUCUGUUGAAGAAUACAAGGCAACACUGAAAAUCAUCAAACAAGCUAUUCUUGCCACAGACUUAGCACUGUACAUAAAAAGAAGAGGAGAGUUUUUUGACCUUCUGAGGAAUAAUCAGUUUAGCCUACAAGACCCUUAUCAAAAGGAACUAUUUUUGGCAAUGCUGAUGACUGCAUGUGACUUAUCAGCAAUAACAAAACCAUGGCCAGUUCAGCAACGGAUUGCAGAACUUGUAGCUGCAGAAUUCUUUGACCAAGGAGAUAAGGAGAGAAAAGAACUUAACAUUGAGCCCACAGAUUUAAUGAACCGAGAAAAGAAAAACAAAAUUCCCAGCAUGCAAGUUGGAUUUAUUGACGCUAUCUGCUUACAGCUCUAUGAGGCAUUAACCUACAUAUCGGAGGCCUGUUACCCUUUGCUUGAGGGCUGCAGGAAGAACAGGCAGAAAUGGCAAGCUUUAGCCGAAGAGCAGGAAAAUAACUUGAUCAUUGGAGAAAGCAAUCAGCCCAAACGGAACUGAAAUAGACAUUCAUUAGGCUAUAUUGGUUUACAAAGAAGAUAUUUAUAUAUAAUAAUUUGGAGAUACCUAAUGUUUUGCUAGACACUGUAAGAAAUAGAUGCAUAAUUUGCCACUGCUGUAUUUUAAAUAAUAAGAAACAUCUAUUUUUGCACAGCAUUCAAAAACACAAUAUGAAUUAUUUUUAUGCAGUUUGAUGUAUCAUAAUUGUAUAUUUCCAAUAGAUCUACAAAAAGCAGGUCCAGUUAGCCCUGCUCAGUUUGAUAGGGUGGUAUGGAAGGGGAGAAUUUUUAGGACUGCUUCAGAAAACUCUUGGUACAGAGUUGUAUAUAGUUUAGUUUUGGUCAAUGGCCAGUAAUUUAAAGAUUACUGUAUGUGGCACCUUUUGGUUUUUUUAUAUUGUCUGUUUCUGUAAAUGUAAAUAAUGAAAAAGCA